CCUUCUCAACCCCUAUAUUACUUUAGAUAUUUUUUCUGUUGAACACAAGAUAAUAUAGUUUGUAGAGUGUAGGACAGAAAACAGUUCUGGGAACCUUUUGACUACCUUUGUCCUUUUUCAAAUGGUAAUCAAUGGGGUCCAAGAAGUGUUUGGUUACAAGCAUUUGUCCGAAUAUCUUUCUCUGUUCAACCAAACAACUAUAUUUAAACAGGUUUGGAACAAGUAGAGAGUGAAUAAAUCAUGACAGAAUUUUCAUUUUUGGAUGAACUAUCCCUUAAAAUCUUUAUAAAAUCAUAUGAAUUAAAAUAAUUUGUGUUUAGUUUGUUUCGUGUGUUUGCUUUCGUUUAGCCUUUUUGACUUCAAUUCCUUUUUUUAAUAUUUGACUUCCGUUUAAAAUAUCUGCGGAAACGCCAUUGAUUGUUAUAGCAAAUGAUUUGAGUUCUCAGUUAUAAGUUUUCUUUGUCUACUGUGAGUUGUUGAAUGUUUGAUCAUGUUCCUGUGUCCCCGUUGCUUAUGGAUUACUUUAAUUCCUUGUUUCUUAGUUCUUUGAUUAUUUUGAAUAAAGUCUUAAAUGCAUGUUCCUCCUCCUUGUCUAUUAAUCGUUACAAACGACUCACCAAAACUAUGGGUCCAGGAGUCAGGCUCGUCUCCAUGUGGCAGGGUAAGCACCCCCUCGAGGACCACAUUCAGGAUUUUUUGGACAUUUGGCUCAUUUCUCACAUCUCCAGGAUUUUGCACUUAUUGAUUUUUUUGUUAUGGAUUAAAUCAACCACUCAAAGAAGACUUACCUAUGAUUGUCCUCGGGGGUCUCUAGCUGAGGUUUUGGGUUACGCCCGACAGUCAAGUCCGUUACUGUGGGUGAGGAAGGAGCUUCCCCAAAACAUUUUUUUGGGGGGGGCAGUAGGCCUCAGGCUGCGAUGGCCAGCCCAGAGCCCGCUCGAAAGAUGGCCGCCUGACCAGCCCUUGCCUCCCUGGUCACUGGUCCACGUCCCAGGCCCACCUGCGCUCCCUCCCCCUUUUCCGCCUCUGCUCCACCUCCCACCUGGACUUUUUGCUACGCGCGUCUGGGAUCCGCUCCUUAAAUGGGGGGGCUCUGUUACGAUUCCUGUCUGUUUUCCUUUGUCUUGUGGACUUUAAGUUUGUAUAAGUUCUUGUUUCCUGUGUCGUACUGUUGUCUUUUGUAGUUCUUUUUUUCAUUGAUUCUUGUUAAUUGUUUCUCCCAGGUGUGUCAAGUUAUCUUUAGUUCUAAGUCAUUAGUUUUUGUAUUUAAACCCCAGUGUUUGUUUUUCUAGUGUGAGUAUUUGAGUGUUUGUCCAUGUUCCUGUUGUUUAUGGAUUACUUUAAUUCCUUGUUUCUUUGUUCUUUGAUUAUUUUGUCUUUUGUCGAAUAAAUUCUUAACUGCAUGUGGAUCUGCCACCUCGCCUGCUAAUCGUUACAGGGAAAAAUAAUAAUUCUAACUAUAAAAUAUUAAAAAUAGUUAUAAAUGUAAAAGAAUAGCAUUGUCCACGCCACAACUAGCAAUAAAGGUACAGUGGAACGAUAUCAUUAGAAUCGAUUUCAGUGGGAUUUUUCUCCAGAUUAUUUUUAGAGUUGACGUUACGUUAUUGUUGUUGUCAUAAUGUUAUACUGAAAAUAUAAUAUUAUGGAUUAAGACUGAAAUUUAGGUUGGAAUCCAUUAGAUAAAGUUUAAUGGAAACAAUAAAUCUAGGCAGGGUUUGAUGCUGAAAUGGACAGUUCAAACAGGCAACCUGGGCAAAAACAGUCAUGUGAAAUCUAAUGAGGUUAUAACAUGAGGCUAAAUUGAAUAGAACACUGAAGCAUGUGUUUUGAAUGGAAAACUGUUUCAAAGAAACAUGAUCUGUAUUUUGGUGAGGGCCCCCUCCACUGGCUAAAUGACUGACAGACUCAUAAUAAUUUUAAAUAGUUUUAUAUGUAAUAAUUUCUUAACAUGUCAGCAGCAACUAUAAAAGCUCCCAAAGAUUAAAAUAUUUUUUACUAGUUUAGUUUGAACCAGUCCAGACCACGGUCAGUCUCCUUGGAGCUUAUAGGGUCCAUUUGUGUCCACCUUCAUUUGGGCUAGUGUGUUCAACACCAGAGUUUACUACAAGCUAUUUGUAGCUCAAGUGCGCAGUCUCUCUUUUCCCGACUGCCCCCCGUUCCCUUUAUAUCCUUAUGCUUCUCUUGCACUCUUAAAUUUGGUGUAUAAUAGAAAUCUGUUACACAGACGGCUCUCUAAUCUUUAGUUAUCUUGGCAACCUGCUACAGAGGUGAAAAAUGGCAGAGCGUACUGUUCCUCAUGCUUACCCGAUGAGUAUGGAUUAUGAGAUGUGUACACCCCCUCGAAUCUAUGAUCAGAACUUCGCAGAGGCACUGACUCCCAAGGACCUGUUGGCCCCCGUCCUCUAUCACGGAUACUACAUUCGUCCCCGCAUCAACAAACAGCUUGAGAGAGGUUUCUCCCUGGUAGAAAGUGAAGACGAUUGGUAUCGAGUACUGCUGGAUGUAUGCCAGUUCACACCAGAUGAGAUAUGCGUACGGACUGUAGACAACUUGUUGGAAGUGACAGGACGGCACGCUCAGAGAAUGGACGAGCAUGGCUUUGUGAGCCGAGAGUUCACCCGUACUUACAUCUUGCCAAUGGGUGUAGAUCCACUGUUGGUGCAGGUGUCUCUCUCUCAUGACGGGAUACUGUGUAUCCAAGCGCCGCGGAAAACAGAGGACCUGGAGCCUAAGAUCAAUCAGCUCAAGAUUAAAGUGGACAGGAAGGAAAGCAAGAGUUCCUAAAGUGGACUGAGAUGCAUUUGUUUUUUCAGUUAAGAUACUGGAUAACCUAAUGCUACCUCACUGCUUUUCGUCAUGAAUGAAUGACAAACAGACUAAAAAGACUAUGCAAACAUUACCAAAACAAAAGACAUACUGCAGUUAAACAUUCACAAAUUCAAGGGCAGGCUCAGUGGUAGGGG